UAAAAUUUAUCUCCACCUCUCCUAAAGUUUAGGGCUUUCAAUUUCGAGAAUCUCUCUUUCUUACCAAUUCUCAUCAUUUCAUUCCUCAACGUCAGGGGAAGGGUGACCGUCAAACCUUUUCCUUCCAUUCCCGAUCACUUCAUUCCAUUAGUUUUUCUCUCCUCUCUUUUUGUUCUUUCUUUGUUUCCUUCUCCAUCUUUUGAUGAUGAUGGUGUCUGCUUCCUGAUUAUCCUUUCCUCAUCCAUCAUUGUCUUCCGGAACGAUCCCAUUCUCUCCAUGGAGGUUCCGGAGGUGGAGGAGAGAAAGAAAGGUGCAUCAGGAGCUCAAAUGACAUCAGCUGCAGCUUUUGUGGAAGGAGGAAUCCAGGAUGUGUGUGAGGAUGCUUGUAGCAUUUGCCUUGAGGACUUUACCUCUAGUGAUCCUUCAACGUUGACAAAAUGCAGACAUGAGUAUCACCUGCAGUGCAUCCUUGAAUGGUGCCAGAGAAGCUCAGAUUGUCCCAUGUGCUUGCAACCAGUUAGUUUGAAGGACCCCUCGAGCCAAGAACUAUUUGCAGCAGUCGAACGAGAGAGAAAAAUCAGAGCAGCUGCUUCCAGAAAUACCACCAUAUUCCGCCACCCUACCCUGGGAGACUUUGAGUUGCAACACGUUCUUGCCAUGCAGUUGCCUGUUGGCGCAAGUGAGGCUGAGCUCGAGGAACGCAUAAUCCAACACUUAGCUGCUGCUGCUGCCAUGGGAAGAAGUCAUUAUGGUGGUAGGAGGGAAACCCAGAGAAGUAGGUCUGCUGCUGCACAGCGCCGCCCACACUACUUAGUAUUUUCCUCACCUCAUAAUGGGAAUGCAAGGACUGGACAAGUUUCCUCCUCCAUGCCACAGGUUGCGCGGGAAAGUGAGCCACCCGCAAUCAACAUAGCUACUCCAUCGACCCCUCUGACAGGCGGCAGGGAUGAGCCAACUCAGCUUCAUGCAUCAUCUGAGUCUUCCAAUAGGCACACUACUCGAGGAGAAAAUACGAGGCAAUCUUCACUACCCAGUCAGGAUGCAGCUGGAUCUUCGGACUUGCAAUCAUUUUCAGAAUCUUUGAAGUCUAAACUUAGCGCAGUAUCAAUGAGGUAUAGAGAAUCAUUCUCGAGAAGCACGAGAGGGUGGAAGGAGAGGUUUUUCUCUCGAAGCAAUUCCUUGUCGGAUAUCGGUUCUGAAGUUAGGAGAGAAGUGAACGCUGGAAUCGCAAGUGUUUCUCGUAUUAUGGAGCGUCUUGAGAGUCGAGAUAGUACUGGAACUUCUGGUGGUUCACAAUCUAUUUCCCCUGCUCAUACCGAUAACAGGAGAGAGCGAGAGAGCAACCGUUUGAAUGUAAGCAAUUCAUCAUCACCUUUUGUUGCCUCUGCAGCAGCUUCAGGCUCCACUUAAGGUGUAAAAUAUAUCGUAUGCAAGAACUUGUAUUUGUCCUCGAAAUUUCACAUUUGAAAGACCAGUCUGCAAUUUUCCAUUCAUGGUUGAUAAAAUAUCUCCAACUGUUUUUUUAUGGAGUCAUUGAAUUGAAUUUGUGCAGGUUCUAGAGUGAAUAUGUGUCCGCAAAUAUGGCUUUCCAUUACAGGGAAAAGGGAAUGGAAUUGUAAAUGUUGAGAUGAAUUAUAUGGUCUGUGGACUUGAUAUUUUCUGGAAGGAGUAAAUAUCCAUGUAUAUUUGAUUCAAAAAGGUUGGAGAAAAUGGUAUAUCAUGAUUCAAUUUGCUCUCAUAGAUUGUGGUAUCUUUCGGGAAUUGUUUUCUCAAAUCUUGUAUUAUAUCAAUAUGUAUGAUCACGCACAUACAUAAAAUCAACUAGUCUUUUUCUAUUAUAGACUUGUAGUGUUCAAUUCAUCCACUUUAGCUAGGUUUUAGUUUAUCAUUUCUAUUAUGUUGUAUUUCUAGCAUAUUGGAUUUGAUUUGGAUAGGAAAGUAACAAGCUUUGGGAAGCAUUCAAUGUAAAUAUGUUUGUAG